GUCUCGAGGCCAUUCAGAAAUCCUCCCCACUGUCCUCUUCUGAGAUUAGGAAGGCGAUGAAGGGCGUAUCUCUGGGACUCCAGAAUCUUCAUGCAGCAUCUCUUACUCAUGCAUCUCUGCAUCCAAACAAUGUGUUUGCCAUCGGCCGAGAAAAAGGCAUUGUUGGAGAUUAUGAUUUCACAAAGACACCUGAGCAGAGAGUGUCUGACAGCGGGAUGGUGGCUGGUUCCAUACGUCUGGUGGCUCCAGAGUUGAAGCAGGGUCAGCUGCCUUCCCCAGCCAGCGAUAUGUAUGCCUUUGGAGGCAUCAUGCUCUGGCUGCAUGUUGCAGACUUCAGCAGAACUCUAGAGAGAGAGCGUCAAAAUGUAGAGUUCUCUGGUUUGGGUCUGGAAGAAGCUCGUCAGGCUGAGAUCUUAAGUGUUAUGCAACAAUGGCUUUCACUUAUUGGAAAUCAGACUACAGAGCCAUUCGACAUUGCUGCUAUCUGUCGGGAUGAGAGAUUGGAUGACCCAAGGUCAUUUACUACAAUAUAG